GCGGCGGACGGCUGCGGGGGUAGGAGCCGGUUUUUCAAUGGGUUGAGGGAGGGAGGUGAGCGGACGGCUGUGGGUGUGACACGGCUGCGGUGCCCCCCCGCCCCCCGGUUUGGUUGCCGGCUCCACGGUUUGGGCAAUAUGGCGGCGGACGGAUGGAAUUACUGAUGACUGUCAGAAAAAUCGCCUCGAUUUGUACGAUGGGCGCCAAUGCCUCUGCUUUGGAGAAAGAGAUUGGGCCGGAACAGUUUCCAGUAAAUGAACAUUACUUUGGCUUGGUCAAUUUUGGCAAUACAUGCUAUUGCAAUUCAGUUUUGCAAGCACUUUACUUCUGUCGGCCAUUUCGGGAGAAGGUUUUGGCGUACAAGGUGCAGCCCAGGAAGAAGGAAAAUCUGCUCACGUGUUUGUCUGACCUCUUUAAUAGCAUCGCAACGCAGAAAAAGAAAGUGGGUGUGAUACCACCCAAGAAAUUCAUUUCAAGGUUAAGAAAAGAAAACGAAUUAUUUGAUAAUUAUAUGCAGCAAGAUGCACAUGAGUUCCUGAACUACCUUUUGAAUACAAUUGCUGAUCUAUUACAAGAGGAAAAGAAACAAGAGAAGCAGAAUGGCAAGUUGCAAAAUGGCAAUGUGGAAAAUGAGGAAAGUGAUAAAACAGAGCCAACCUGGGUGCAUGAAAUAUUUCAAGGAACACUAACAAAUGAAACAAGGUGUCUUAAUUGCGAAACUGUUAGUAGUAAAGAUGAAGAUUUUUUAGAUCUUUCAGUUGAUGUAGAACAAAAUACUUCAAUAACUCAUUGUUUAAGAGGAUUCAGUAACACUGAGACACUCUGCAGUGAAUAUAAAUACUACUGUGAGCAAUGUCGCAGUAAGCAGGAAGCACAGAAGAGAAUGCGGGUGAAGAAACUUCCAAUGAUUCUUGCUUUGCAUUUGAAAAGAUUCAAGUACAUGGAUCAGCUCCAUAGAUACACUAAACUAUCUUACAGGGUGGUUUUUCCUCUGGAGUUGAGACUCUUUAACACAUCAGGAGAUGCCACUAACCCAGACCGAAUGUAUGAUCUUGUAGCUGUAGUUGUUCACUGUGGCAGUGGUCCUAAUCGUGGACAUUAUAUCACCAUUGUAAAGAGCCACGGUUUCUGGUUGCUCUUUGAUGACGAUAUUGUGGAGAAAAUAGAUGCUCAAGCAAUUGAAGAAUUCUAUGGGUUAACAUCAGACAUCUCCAAAAACUCUGAAUCAGGUUAUAUUCUUUUCUACCAAUCAAGAGACUAAGAAAUUUGAAGUAGGAAUUACUUGUCAUCUUAAAGGAAGCUGGUGCUCAGCAGCAUUUCCCACAGAGGCAGCAGGACAGGAUUUCACUGAAGAGGUGAUGUGCUGCAAGGAUUGUUUCGGAAUGCAGGUUGGGUGUGUGAAUGUAUGCUGACAGCAUGAGGCCACAAGAUAUUGGUGUUCCUCACAACAUUCUUCCUGCUACUAUGUACUAUCUUCCAAAAUCAUUGUACUCUAUUUGGGGGAAGGUAAAAAAUGACAUAAAGAUGGUCCAAAUGCUUUUUUUUUGUAAUUUUCAGUGCUAUCAUUUGAUUUUUAGAAAAUUUUUUAUUGUAUUUUACACUACUGUAAAUUUAUUUGACUAUACAUGUAUUAAGUUGAAUGAUUUAAUGUUAAAAACAUUCAGAUAUGGCAAAACAUUGAUUAUUUUUUUAAAAAUAGUCUCUAAUUCUGGCAGCUUUUUAAAGACAUAAUUUUAUUUCUAAAGAAGGCAUUCUGUUAUUCUUUACCCAAACAAAAUAAUGGGGGCUGAAUUAAAUUAUGAUUACUGUGAAAUUCUUAUGUUUGCUAAGCACAGCAAGUAGCUUGUAGAGAACCAGUGAUCAGGGCUAUACUUGACAACAGGUGCUGUUGAAUCCUUUUUGUUGCACAAAUUACACACAUUAUGCGUAAAUAUAUAAAGUUAAAGGAAGCUUUAAAAUCUGUGAAAGUUCCUUCUAACUUUAAGGUGUUGUGUUCAUUUAUUUAACUUUUUAUUUUACUCCACCUUGAUUCCAGCUGGGUUAAAUUCUCACCCAUCUCUCAACCUUUGUCUCGCACACUGAUAUAUGAAAACGCCGUUGGUGACCAGUGGGCCAGACAGUGUUAAUAAUAGCACUGGGAGCUCAAACCUCUGCAACAGAAAGGUAUUCAGGUCAUUAAAGAUAUGUAUUUUGUAUAUUGGGUUCAAUAUUUUUAUGAACAAAAAGUGUGAGAUUUGAAAACUUACAAGAUGUACUGUGUUCCAAGACAUAGGCUAUUGAUUGGAAAUCUGUCACAAACAGCAUUCGCUCUUUUUUGUGAACCUCUGAGGACCCUGUGCUGCAGUGACUUUCAGAACUGAAGUCAAAGCUGUGAUCUGUGCAGCACAUCAAUUUGCUGUGUGUGAAACAUCAGAAUCCUUAAAGGGAAAGUUGAUUACAAAGUGCACUUUUGAUACAGAUUUAGAAGUGCCUGGACAGGCACAACUUUAUGAGGUGUUUUGACAGUCCUGUAUUCCGAAGACCCUGCCUGAAUAAAGGUAACACGUGGGCCAAAGAAGUUACUGUAGUAGUUCUGUGAGUUACAGUACAAUGCAUAUAAUUCCACAGAUAAGGCUCUGGUUUCAUAAGCAGACUUCAGUUAGUGGUGGGUAAUAAUUUGACUUGUAGUUUGUUUUUAUCCUGCUUCAGUUCAGUUCUUUUAGCCUUUGUGCCUUGCACUGUGCCCAGUAGAGCCAACCGGCUCUCAAAUGCCUACCACUGUAACUUAAGAACCGUUUUUUGGAUGAAUAAGAGAUGUGCUCAGAAGCAUUGAUGGUUAGCUUUCCCAAAAUGGAUGUAGCUGCCUCCCCAUGCUUGCAUUGCUGACAGCAGAUACUUGUUAUGUGAGAACCCGGUUGUGAACUUUGACCUUGCCCACUAUGUGGAGCCUACCAUUAAAGUCUGGCACACUAUCAGACUGAAUAUUUUUGUGUUAAACUCUUAUGUUUGCUUGUAAAAUGUAGUUAAUGAAACUGGCGUAAAUUGUUUCUGAAUGUCUUUGUCUGUAAUAAGUAACAAUUGUAAUGGUGCUAACAAGGGGGCAAAGCAGAUUGAUUUAGAAUGAGCAUUCAGUGAUAAAGACUGCUUCCAGUUGUACCUCGGCAGGAUAAAAUGCACAUCUUUGCUUACUUACUUUAUGUAAUGGAAACAAAUGAAUAAUAUCUUUCAGUACUGGAUACAGCAGGUUUGCUGUGAUAUUGUUCUACAAAUAAAAUGUUUGAUAAAAUCGGUCUUGGAUAAAAAAUAGAAUUGGAGUAUUGUUCCUGAAGCCAUUUUUGUCUGUGAUCAACCUUUGGUGGAAUUAAUGGUCACACAUUGUCAGCUGAGCCAUUGGUGUCUAUUUAAAACCUGACAAUAAGUUUGUGCCAUUUACUGUUCCAUGCAUCGUCAGAGUAAAAUAGCUCCCCUUAUUUUUAUACUUUAAAAUGAAUGAAUAAAACUUAAACAGGCACUGGAUAGUAUGUAUUUAACAUCCAGCUAGACCUGUAUUAUUUGCUGUCACGCUAUAAUUUUAAUUUUAAUAUUUUUAAAAAUGAUUUUCUCUCGUCAGAUCUUGGUCCUGUUUGGAAAAUGGGUAUGUUUGCAACUCAUAUUUGCAUGUUUGCAAAACAAAAAAUUUGUUCUUACAUUUGAGCCUUUUGUAAAUAUUUAGUAGUUUCAAAAAAUAUAGUGUAAGCAAUUUCUCAAAUAUGUACCCUUCCACACUGUAUCUCUGGUGUAUGGAUAUUAUUUGCCACCCAAGUAAUCUUAAAUGUUUUGGGUUUUCGCCAUAUAUGUUAAGUCACUUCCUUCAUUGGUUCUCAAAGAUAAGCCAUGUUAAUCAUAUCAACAUGAAUAAAUGCUGAUUUGUCAUCUUAAUUGCUUCCUAGUGUUGCAAUCUUAAGCUGCUCCCAAAAUAGGUGUGCAGCAAACUGUAUUGUUUUCGGUGAUAUCCAUGAAAAUUGAGAUGUUUCAUCAGAUACAGAUUUUAUAUCAACCGCUCCAAAUCAUUCGAAUU